GACCUUACACGUGUCAGCAACUAAAACUAGGAAUCGUCGACAUUAAUACACCUCCACAUUCCUCAUACUCCCAUGAGCUCCUACCAUUCCAGUGGUCGACUCUCAGAUAAUCCCAUGGCUAUCGAGGCUUGGUUUAUGGAUGAAAGUAGGGAGGACAAGAGGCUCCCUCAUCAUCGAAGCCCCCCAGAAUUUGUCUCCUUGGAUUAUUUGGCAGAGCUUGGAGUCUUGUACUGGCACUUAAAUCCAAAGGACUAUGAGAAUGAUGAGGAAUUGCAAAAGAUUAGAGAAGACAGGGGCUAUAAUUACAUGGAUUUGUUGGAUUUGUGUCCUGAGAAAGUGCAAAACUACGAAGAGAAGCUGAAGAACUUCUACACAGAGCACAUACAUGGUGACGAAGAGAUACGUUAUUGUCUUGAAGGCAGUGGUUAUUUUGAUGUUCGAGACAAAAAUGACCGUUGGAUCCGCAUCUGGAUCAAUGCCGGUGAUUUAAUUGUCUUACCAGCUGGAAUUUACCACCGGUUUACCCUCAACACUUCGAAUUACAUCAAGUUGAUGAGGUUGUUCGUCGGAGAGCCGGUGUGGACAGCGUUUAAUCGGCCACAGGAGGAACAUCCGGCAAGGAAGGAGUACAUCAAGAGCUUGGUUGAGAAGGUUGGAGUGGCACUUGAAGCUCACUGAGGUCUGGGUAUUAAACAUCAGUGUUAUGUGGUAUUAAUUGUGUGUGAAUAAAUUUGUAAUGUAAUAACUGAAAUCACAAGUUGUAAGUUUGUUAAAUGAUGUGGUGAAUGAAUGAACUUCUCCAAUGUGAGAUAGCAGUGCAUGAAAUUGAACCGGGAGCGCUCUGGUUAGUAAUGGAUUGGAUUGUGACAUGUCUAGUUCACAUCAUGUAUAAAUUUAAUUGUGUUUGAUGAUGC